AUGGAAGGAUCUAAAAGAGGAUUUCUUCCAAUGCGCCAUGGGAUUUCUCUUUCCAAGUCUAUGUCUCCAAAGACUCCAGAGGAGAGGAAAAGAAUGGCAUCUAUACCCUAUUCUUCUGCCAUAGGUAGCAUAAUGUAUGUUAUGCUAUGCACUAGACCUGAUGUCGCACAUGCUCUGAGUGUCACGAGCAGAUAUCAGUCUAAUCUGGGUGAGGAGCAUUGGAAAGCUGUGAAAGGGGUUCUUAAGUACUUGAGAAGGACGAAAGACACUUUCAUGGUUUAUGGAGGAGGAGAACUGAAACUGGAAUGCUUUACGGAUUCAAGUUUUCAGUCUGAUGUAGAUGACUCAAAAUAUGUGUCUGGUUAUGUAUUCACACUUAAUGGUGGAGCAGUUUGUUGGAAGAGAUCCAAACAAGAAACUACUGCAAAUUCUAUCACUGAGGCUGAAUAUAUUGCAGUAUCAGAUGCUGCAAAGGAAGCAGUUUGGAUGAGAAAUUUUAUCUCGGCAUUGGGAGUGGUUCCUACCAUUGUUGAUCUAGUUGUAGUGCACUGUGAUAACAAUGGUGCAAUUGCUCAAGCAAAGGAACCAAGGUCCCAUCAAAGAUCCAAACAUAUAUUGCGGAAAUAUCAUUUAAUUCGUGAGAUAAUUGGCCGAGGUGACAUCAAAAUGGAGAAGGUUGCAUCAGCAAAGAAUGUAGCAGAUCCCCUUACAAAACUAUUGUCACAACAAGUGUUUGAAUGUCAUCUUGAGAAGAUGGGCUUAAGAUACAUGGGAAAUUGGCUUUAG